AUGAAGUAUGCUAUUCAGGUCAAGAUGAAUAUCUUGCGGUUUUCUGGCUACGUCUGGCAAGAGAGUGAUGAAAAGCAAAAACUGAAAGUGAAAGAAAAGCUUGACAAGAAUAAUAAAGAGAAGCUUUUGGAAUUUUUUGAUCUGUUUGACAUGCCAAUUGGCAAGACUUCUGCAAAGAAGGAAGAUGUUGUCAUAAAGCUGAUAGAUUUUAUGUUGAAGCCUCAUGUCACAAAUAAGUCUACGAGUGCCAUGAUGCAUCAUGCUGGACAUAGAUUUCAUGAAGUCUUUCAGAUGAAACAUGGUGACUAUUCUGAUCUUCCUGCAGCAAAAAUCUCAGAGUUGAUGAAAUCUAACAGUUUGGAUGUGAUUUCCUUAAUGCUUUUUGUCCCUUGUGAAUUCAUCAAUAUUCACAUUUUACAAUUGUAUAAAUUUAGAAUCUUUUAUUGUCCAGAUUGCCCCUACAUAGUCGCUUCUAAGCAUAGUAAAUGGGAUUCUAGAAAAAAGCAUCAGCAGGAUGAGUAG